AUGCCAUCAAGGACAGCUGCCAUGUGGGGUCUCACGCUAGCCCUCCUACUGGUCUGUGGCCGGAUUAAUACUAUACAGGCGGACCCCCAGCUUGAUCAACGUGAUGCUGACCAGGACGUAAGCAUAGACGAACUUCCGGUUGAUGAUGACGGAAUUGAUGAAAAACGAAACUUUGAUUCAAUCUCCGGAAGUGGUAGGUUGUCGGGAUUUGCGAAAAAGACAUUUGAUUCUAUAUCUGGAGGUCAUGGUAUGCGAGGCUUUGCGAAACGCAAAUUUGAUUCUAUAUCUGGAAAUGGUGGGAUAUCCGCAUUCGCAAAACGCAGAUUUGAUUCUAUUUCUGGAAAUGGAGGAAUGCCCACAUUCGCAAAACGCAAAUUCGAUUCGAUUUCUGGAACUGGAGGAAUGUCUUCAUUCGCAAAGCGCAAAUUUGACUCCAUCUCCGGGAAUGGUGGAAUAUCUGCAUUUGCAAAACGAAAAUUUGACUCCAUCUCUGGAAAUGGUGGCAUAUCAGCUUUUGCAAAGCGCAAUUUUGAUUCGAUCUCUGGAAAUGGCGGGAUUUCUUCCUUCACAAAACGAAAAUUUGAUUCAAUCUCCGGAAACAGUAGGCUGUCUGGAUUUGCAAAACGUCCCUUUGACAAAAUAUCUGGGAAUUCUGGCAUCUCGGGCUUUAUGAAAAGAAGGUUCGAUUCAAUUGAUGGAGCUGGCGGGAUAGCAGGAUUUAACAAACGUAGGUUUGACUCCAUUUCCGGAAGUGGUGGUCUUAGGGGAUUUUCAAAAAAGAACUUUGAUAGCAUCAACGGAGGCGCAGCGUUCCAGGGUUUCGUAAAAAGACCUGAUGUCAACGAAGACGCUGAAGACGAAAGAGAAGAGUUCUCUAAGAGACGUAUGGAUUCAAUCGCUGGAGGUGGAUUCGGAAGUUUUAGCAAAAGAAAUUUUGACUCGAUAGAUGGAGGAUCGCUUGCCGGGUUUGCGAAGAAAUCAUUUGAUAGUAUCAACAGAGCGGGACUUAGCGGCUUCGUGAAGAAGAAUGACGAAGCUUGA